AUGUCUGCAACAAAGGAAAACCAGCGGGACUCGGGCGAGGAGGACAGGAAGCUCGAGGGCGGUGUCCUCCGACAGGACCCUGCUCCUCCUGCGCCCAAGGCCAGCGGCCUUCACCCGGCCGUCUACAUCGCUGUCUGGAUUGCCUGCAGCUCCGGUGUUAUUAUCUUUAACAAAUGGGUUCUGGCAACCGCAAAAUUCAACUUCCCACUCUUCCUGACGACAUGGCACAUGGUCUUCGCUACCACCAUGACCCAGAUCAUGGCUAAGUGCACCUCGACGCUCGACUCUCGGCACAAGGUCCCCAUGACCACCCAGACCUACAUGCGUGCCAUUGUCCCCAUCGGUAUCAUGUUCAGCUUGUCUUUGAUUUGCGGAAACGUCGCCUACCUGUAUCUCUCGGUCUCUUUCAUCCAGAUGCUGAAGGCCACCAACGCUGUCGUCACCCUGUUUGCCACCUGGGCUUUCGGCAUUGCCCCUCCAAACAUGAAGGUGCUUGGAAACGUCGGUAUCAUCGUCCUUGGCGUCGUUAUCGCUUCCUUUGGCGAGAUCAAGUUCGACCUGAUCGGCUUCAUUUACCAGUGCAGUGGUAUCGUCUUCGAGGCUCUGCGUCUCGUCAUGAUCCAGCGCAUGCUGAGCUCCGCCGAGUUCAAGAUGGACCCCCUCGUUUCCCUCUACUACUACGCCCCGGCUUGUGCUGUCAUCAACGGCGUGGUCACCCUUUUCGUUGAGGUUCCUCGCAUGGGCAUGGCCGACAUCUACAGCGUCGGCAUCUUCACCCUCCUUGCGAACGCCUUUGUCGCUUUCCUGCUCAACGUCUCGGUCGUCUUCCUGAUUGGCAAGACCUCUGCCGUUGUCCUUACCAUGUCCGGUAUUCUCAAGGACAUUCUUCUCGUCAUCGCCUCCCUGGUCAUCUUCAUGGACCCUGUCACCCUCCAGCAGUACUUCGGCUACUCGAUCGCCCUCGCUGGUCUCUGCUACUACAAGCUCGGUGCCGAGAAGAUCCAGUCCACCUUCGUCGAUGCGCGCCUCUCUCUGGCGACCAUGCGACAGAACCACCCCGCUCGUGCCAAGGGUGCUGUGGGCUUCAUGGUAUUUGGAGCCAUCCUCCUCGGCGCUUACGUUUUCUGGCCGAGCCUGCACAUGCCCGCGACCGUCACGACACCACCUGCGGCUUAA